AUGGCAGAAGAAGUGAAGGACGCAAAAGCAGCGACUAAAUCAUCAUUGAAAUCGUUUCUCUCUGGUGGAUUUGGUGGUUCAAUGGCUGUCCUCGUUGGACACCCGUUCGAUCUCACCAAAGUGCGAUUGCAGACAGCCGAAACGGGCGUCUACAACGGCGCAAUUGACGUAGUGAAGCAGUCCAUAGCCAAAGAUGGCGCUAGAGGUUUGUACAAGGGCGUUCUUCCACCGCUCGUUGGCGUUACCCCCAUUUUCGCACUUAGCUUCUGGUCUUAUGAUCUCGGCAAGAAAAUUGUCUUUGGUUGCAGAUCAGAACAGGCUAAUAGGGAGAAGGGCACCUCUCUUUCUACGUCUGAACUCGCUUUCGCCGGCUUCUUUAGUGCUGUUCCUACAACGCUGAUUACAUCACCCGUCGAACGCGUCAAAGUGCUCCAGCAGACUGAGUCGAAGAAGGCUGGGAUGGGUAGUGUCAUCAGUAGAAUGUAUAAAGAGGGUGGAUUGAAGAGCGUCUACAGAGGCACGGGCGCUACUUUGGCUAGAGAUGGUCCUGGCUCCAUUGCUUACUUUGUCAGUUACGAGCAGAUCAAGAAAAUGCUUACCCCAGCCGACUCAACCGGUGAACUCAACCUCGGCGCUGUUCUCACUGCAGGUGGUUUGGCUGGCGUUACUAUGUGGUCAUUCGCUAUACCGCCUGAUGUUAUCAAGUCACGCAUCCAAUCUGCUCCUGAAGGUGUGUACAAGGGUUUUGUAGAUUGCGCUGUGAAGACUGUCAAGGCUGAUGGCAUGGGUGCAUUGUUUAAGGGUUUCGGACCUGCAAUGGCUAGAGCAUUCCCAGCCAACGCAGCCACCUUUCUCGGCGUCGAAAUAUCAGCAAAAGCACUCGAAAAAGUGUUGUAG